AUGUCGAGCCGACUCAAAUCAGACGGGGGCUUAUCAGAUGACUGGGACGACAUACCGUACACGAUCAAAGAUGCCAUGACGCUAUGUCACCAACUUUCCAUCCCCUUUCUCUGGGUGGACGCCAUCUGUCUUGACCAGGAUGCUAUCAAACCCGACCAUGGAGUGCCCGACCCAUUUGACGCCAUGGGUACGAUCUAUGCAUCCGCUCACUUGACCAUUGUCGCUGCAGCUGGAGAAGAUUCAUGGGCUGGACUUCAAGGCAUCCGCGAGCGUCCAAAUUCCGACGUUGAAGAGCUAGUCGACGGAGUGCGAUUGGCACUCUAUAGAGGUCCUAUCGAAGAUCGCAUCCGCAAUACGAUAUGGAAUACUAGAGCAUGGACGUACCAGGAGGCGGUUCUAUCAAAACGACUACUCGUGUUCACUCCCAAAGAGGUCAUAUACCUGUGCGAUGAUAACCGGGCUUAUCGCGAGAGCAUAAUCGGAGAGCACCCCCGUCUUCAUGGAUAUGUCUCAAUUCCUAACCUUGAAUCACCCUUUAAGCGGCGUCUGAAGGAUGUCACCGAUAGUUCGUCAACUGGUUCGUCAACUGCCAGUGGUGGUGACGUACAUGGUGAAUUGGACGAUGCGAGACGGCCGUCCAGCAGAGUCCACGAGCAAUAUCUCUGGCUGUUAUCUGAGUACCUGCAUCGAGCCACGACGCUUGAAUCAGAUUCCUUGAGGGCCUUUGAGGGUAUCAUGUCGAAGCUCAAACUAGCCACUGGCUGCACAUUCUUCUAUGGAUUUAUGUUGGACUUUUUCCUUGAGAGCAUUCUUUUUGAUAUGUCUCUAAUUCAUCUCCGAUACCGUCGCACAACUUUUCCGAGCUGGAGCUGGAGCGGUUGGGAUACCAAGGGCAAAUCUUCUAUCGAAUUUUGGAACCCUUUAUACAUCGGAUGGCUCGCUCCAAUCACACAGUUUUACCGAUUUGACCUUGUGAACAGUUUGACUAGCUUCGGUGGGGACGCUUGUUCGUUCAUCGCAAUUGGAGAUCCGCAAGCCAAGCUCCUUCUCCCGGUGGGCAACAGAGAGGGAUGGAGAGACAAGUUAAAGUACAUGCUGGUUUUCAAGAGCGAGACACUGCUUGUACAGGUCGCACGCGAGCCUGUGGAUGUGGGUAGUGGAGAGGUAUUUGACAGCGAUAGCGCAGACCAUGACCAUAAUGACGACGACGAUGAGGACGAUGAGGACGACGAUGACGACGAUGACGACGAUGACGACGAUGACGACGAUGACGACGAUGACGACGAUGACGACGAUGACGACGACGACGAUGACGACGACGAUGACGACGAUGAUGACGAUGACAACGACGAUGACAACGACAAUAGCAUAGCUAACAAAAACGCUAAGAUCUCCAAUGAUAGCGGAGAUCUCAGGAAAUACCGCAUAAUAUCCCCAGAUAUUGGCUUCGAAACGAUAGACCUAUGCCAAAAAUGGCGCGAAAGUCAGCCAGAAGAAGUCGAAUUUGUUGCGAUGGCAACCACAAAGGUUUGCCCCAGAGGCAACAAAGGUCCAUUUGGAGGUGGAAUACUCGGGGACGAUCUACACCGAACACCAAGGGUCGUAACAUUUCUCAUCGACACAGAUCGCACAGGGAUUUCUCGCCGAGUAGGAUUAUACCAACUAGAAAAGAAAUUCUGGGAGAAAGCCCGGACCAGGGAGCGAAUGGUGUAUUUAUGUUGA